UAUACUCAUUUCUACUUAUUUCUUGAUUGUGUUACAAUACCGGGCCAGCUGCUUGGCUAUUCUGUCUGCAAUCGCUGGUCAUCUCUCUCCUGUACUAUGUCUGCAGUCUCUGGUCAUCCCCGUACUAUGUCCGCAGUCUCUGGUCAUCUCCUGCACUAUGUCUGCAGUCUCUGGUCAUCUCCUGUACUGUGUCCGCAGUCUCUGGUCAUCUCCUGUACUGUGUCCGCAGUCUCUGGUCAUCUCCUGUACUGUGUCUGCAGUCUCUGGUCAUCUCCUGUACUGUGUCUGCAAUCUCUGGUCAUCUCCUGUACUGUGUCCGCAGUCUCUGGUCAUCCCCUGUACUGUGUCCGCAGUCUCCUGGUCAUCCCCUGUACUGUGUCCGCAGUCUCUGGUCAUCUCCUGCACUAUGUCUGCAGUCUCUGGUCAUCUCCUGUACUAUGUCCGCAGUCUCUGGUCAUCUCCUGUACUAUGUCUGCAGUC